AUGGUAAAAAGAGAUGAAAUAGAUUAUUAUUGUCCAGAGCAUAGUAUAGGACAUUUAAGGGCAAUUGGAAUUAGAUUAGAUCGUAAAUUAGCCAACAUGAAAGCAGGAGUAUAUACUUUUCAUGUUGAUAUUAAUUCUACAACUAUGCAAUCUUUAAAAGAAAUGCUUAAUAUGAAUAAUCCAUAUGUUGCUUAUUUACAAUAUAUUUUAAAAAUAUCCAAUCAACAUAUUACAAAACUAUCUUUGGUUAUUUGCACUAACAUUCCUGAGUUAGACUAG